GAUAGUUUGCUUUUAUUUCUUUGGUUCACACACAAAUCAUACAUUUAUUUGUGUGUCUUCUGAAUACUAACGCAUGGCCCUUUCACAAACAGGCCAUUGUAGCGCACAAAGAUUAAUAAAACCAAAUGUUCAGUUCCAAAUGUUCUGUUUUUGAGGAGAAUGCAGCUCUACCUCUGCCAUGUUAAUCUGUAUUUUAUGUGGUGCUGAAAGGAAAGCGCUUGAGAAACGAGGAGAAAUCUAUCUGCAUAAUAAAUAUCAGUCACAUCUGGUGGACCAAGAGAGGAAAUACACAGAUGGAGGGAAAAUAACAGAAAAAUAAAUAAAUAAACAAAAAAAUACAUUAUAAAAAUCUAAACAUUACAAACAUUUCAAAGCUUUCAGAGCAUUACAUGUUUUCAGUGCUUUUUUGUUUUUUUGUUUCUUCCAAGAGAUUUAAAUACAAUUUAAAGUCAUUAAUAAAAUGGGAAAAGUUUGGUCUACAGGUCUGGCCCACAUUUUUUUAUGAAUAUGGAAUUUUCCUAAUAAAACAAACAAAUGUAUAAUAUAUUGUUGGCAGCUUGUUUACUCCUAGACUGUGGUUCAGACACUGGUUCUACCCCAGUCCAGCAGGUGGCAGUGCUGCACCUCGACACCGACCCUCUUGGUAGAAUGAGGAAGCGCUUCAUCACAUGUUUUGAGCGCCACAUUUGAGCAUGUAGGCUGCAGAAAGCGUAAACAAAUCCAAACCUUUAGCAUCGUAGCAUCUUAAACAGCUUUAUGACCGCAUAUUUACGCAGAAAUGCAUAUUUAAAAUGAAACACGGGUUAAUUUAUAACAAUACGAAUGUAACACGUUCAUGUAACAGCACAGAGGAGAAGAAGAAGAAGAAGAGCAUUAUGACCAGUGUGUUAUCCAGCUGAAGAUCAGAUCACCACCAUCCUCAUCAUCACGACAGGAGCCUGGAUCAGAUGGUAGACCCAGCAGGUUUAUCUGAACACUAAUGACAGCUUUGGUUCUAACUCAAAUCUGGAGAUCGUGUUUGGUUGAGCAGAAGAUUCUCCUUCUCAUUAUGUCUGAUUAAAAUAAUAAUAAUAAAAUGAGCAGUGCAAAUCAGAAGACCUUAUUUCAGACAUGGGGUUCAGCCGUUCCCAAGACGACACUCCCGAGUAAAGACCUUGGGAAGAAGUUGCCCCAGAAGCGAAGGGCAAAAGCAAGGUCGAGCAGCCAAGUGAAGGAGAAGCAACAACACAAUGUGGCGCCUUCGCUUUUUGCUGAAAUUGACCAAAGACACGAGAUGGAUGAAGUUGAUGACGAUCUGAUCCUUGUCGCCGUUUACGAGGCUGAGAAGAGCCUGGAAACCCAGCCUGCUCUACCUCCUGAUACCUCAAUCACGGAUUCUUCAGAAGUUUCCUCAGAUCUUCUCGGCUUCGACAGCUCGUCGGGACGGAUAUGGAUCUAUCCGAGCAACUUCCCAAUCAGGGAUUAUCAGCUGAAGAUCUCGGAAGCGGCUUUGUUCCAGAACACGCUUGUAUGCUUGCCUACUGGUUUGGGGAAAACGUUUAUAGCGUCGGUGGUGAUGUAUAACUUCUACCGGUGGUAUCCGGCAGGGAAGAUUGUGUUCCUGGCGCCCACGAAGCCCCUCGUCGCUCAGCAAAUCGAGGCGUGUUACAGAGUUAUGGGGAUUCCUCAGCAGCACAUGGCCGAGCUGACAGGAAGCACCCCAGCCCCACAGAGGAGAGAGCUGUGGCGAUCCAGACGGGUUUUCUUCCUCACGCCGCAGGUGAUGGUGAACGAUCUGUCUCGAAACACGUGUCCCGCUCCUCAGAUCAAGUGCGUUGUGAUUGAUGAAGCUCACAAGGCUUCAGGGAAUCACGCGUACUGUCAGGUGGUGAGGGAGUUAUGGAACCAGACCAAACAGUUCCGCGUCCUAGCUCUCAGCGCUACGCCCGGCGCAGACAUGAAGGCGGUACAGCAAGUCAUUUUCAACCUACUGAUCUCUCACAUCGAGCUGCGCUCGGAGGAGAGUCCGGACGUUCAGGCGCACUCGCAUCAGCGCACCCUGGAUAAGAUUGUUGUCCCUUUGGGGGAAUCUCUCACUGGAUACCAGUCUCGUUACAUACAGGUUUUGGAAAGAUUUACCUCGCGCCUGACCCAGAUGAGCGUGCUGAACCUGCGUGACCUUCGCUCCCUCACAAAAUACCAGGUCAUUCUGGCUCGAGAGCAAUUUAGACGCAACCCUCCAUCCAAUCUCACGGGAACACAGCACGGUGCACUGGAGGGUGAUUUCGCUCUGUGUAUCAGCCUCUACCAUGGUUAUGAGCUCCUGCAGCAGAUGGGCCUCCGAUCUCUCUUUCUUUUCGCACAGAACAUCAUGUCCGGCUCUAAAGAGACUUCACGAGCCAGAAACGAGCUGCAGCGCUGUCCUGUCUUUAUGGACCUGUACAGGGAAAUGGAGACCAUGUUUCUUGACACGACCAAAGGGCCUGGGGAUCAGUUUUUCUACAGCCAUCCAAAGCUCCAAAAACUGGAUGAGGUGAUCCAGCAGCAUUUUAAUGACUGGGAGAAGAGAUCAGGUAAUGCUGCAGAACCUGCAGCCAAAGCAGAGAGCACAAGAGUGAUGAUCUUCUCGUCAUUUCGCGAGAGCGUUCAGGAGAUCGCUGAGAUGCUUAAUCGCCACCAACCCCGUGUCAGGGUCAUGACCUUUAUGGGGCAAGCGUCUGCCGGGAAAGGAGUUCGAGGUUUCACUCAGAAGGAGCAGCUUGAGGUGGUGCGCCGGUUUCGAGAGGGCGGCUUUAACACCUUGGUCUCUACUUGUGUGGGGGAGGAGGGACUGGACAUCGGAGAGGUCGACCUAAUCGUCUGCUUCGACGCUCAGAAAAGUCCCAUUCGUCUGGUGCAACGAAUGGGCCGAACCGGGCGCCACAGGCAGGGACGCAUAGUGGUCAUACUGGCUGAAGGACGAGAGGAGAGAACCUAUAACCAGAGCCAGAGUAACAGGCGCAGUGUGAACAAGUGCAUCAUGGGAAGCAAGCACAGCUUCUCCAUGUUCCCACACAGCCCCCGCAUGCUGCCGGCUGGAGUCACUCCCAUGCUGCACAAGAUGCACAUUACAUGUGGUCAGUUUGAGGUCAAAGAGAGCAGCAGGCGGUCCAGCAACGUCCGACAGUCACUCGGCAGAGGGUCUCUUCUCGAGCCGGACGCCCAGGAUGGUCUGCAGGGUCAUGUUAAGGACGACGGCUUUCUCUCACCUGCUGGCGAGGCGGAGUGGUUAUCUACCAUGAAGUUGGGUGAGAAUGAAGCCCAGCCCAGACUCCAGCAAUCCUCCUUCCUGUGCUUUAACACAGACCCACAACCAGAGAAGUGUGUGAACGGCCCGGUGCGAGACCUAUCUCUUUGGGAAUGGAGACACUGGCAGAAUCAGCCUCUUCCAACACAUAAAGUGGACCACUCGAGCCGCUGCCUCCAUUUCACCGCCAUCAUGGAACUUAUUGACCAGAUGAGACAGGAGGAGGAAGGGAGUGGGUGCAGGUAUGAAUCUGAGGUCAAGGCAUAUCUACAAAAGGAGGAUGUUGUUGGUUUUGAGGAGGAUGGCACAAUAGCGAAACCUACAAAUCCUCGGCAGAAAAGAUCUAAACCUGGGCUCGUCGGUCGAGCUGUCAGGCAUUCUGUUUCCAAAACUAACUUAGAUAAGGAGGACCAAGUGGGACCUUCUUCAAGGACCUUAUUAAAUCAUAAAGCGUCUUCAGAGUCCGAAUGUGAUGCCACUACAGAAGGUUUAAGUGUGUUUUGUUGCGACUAUGUUGAUCUCGCAAAUGAUGGUAAUGCCAUGCAGACUGAUGUAAUUGAGCGUCCUGAGACAAAUCCCGUGAGGAAAGACGAGCAGACCCACGGUUCUCCUGAACACACAAAGGGACUCCAGACAAACCCUGAUGAGGACAUUGGUGAAUUGUUCUAUUUACCCAAAUGGAAUGUCUGUCAAAAACUCAAAUUCAGUCAGUCUUCUCGAAACUUGGAAACGAUCCUCUCGAAUGUCAAACUUCUUCUCUCUAGAUCUCCACCCGAAUGCUUUGAUCUACAAUGCUCAUUGAGCGUCAAUGAACCUUCCGACUUUCAUGAAUCAGACAAGAUCUGCAGUAGUCCAAACGAAGAGCUCGAUCAAUUUCAGGUCAAUUUUGACCUUGAAGAAUUUGAGAGUUCGUUAGACUCAGACUCUGUGGACUGUAACAUAGCAAGAGCGGUUCAUGAAGCUGUAACGUUGCCUCAUGAGACAGUUUCGGCUGGUCCGGAUGGUACUGCCAACAGUCCAAGCUGGGAUGAGGUCUUUGAAGACGUUGUAGAUGAUGGAGCAGAUAAAAAUGCGAAUCCGCCUUCUGAGUCUAAAGUUCAUCCUAGAAGCUUUGAUGAAAGUGUUGACUUGUUUGGUGAUGAUGAGGCUUUUCUACAAAUAUCAUUACCGAAUAUUGAGACUCCACACAAAGACACUGUAAUUCCCAUCAUCAGACAGGACAAUGAACAAAAGAAACCAUCAUCUGAGCAGAGGUCUGCGACUUUCGAUUGUUCUCAGGACAUUUUUUCGGUGAACUUUGAUCUUGGGUUUUCCUUCGAUUCUGAAGAGGAGGAGCCUGCAGAACCAGCCUCUGACAUGACUGCAGAACCUAUAGCUGAUAAUAAGAACACGUUCACUUUACUAACCCUGAAUGAACCCAAUACAUCUUCCAACAGCCUAGGACAUAUGUCGACCCCGAGGAUGGGUCAAAUGGGCAAAAAGCUACCAUCUCUCAUCGCCAAGAGCAACCUUUCACCCAUAAUCAUAGAGCAAGAGAGUUUGAUGAGACCAAAGGCUUCAACACCUGACACAUUUGUGUCUUCAAAAAAACGAAAUCUGGGGCUCUUUCCUAAAAUAUCGGACUCACAAGCACGUGCAACGGGGAACCGACUGUGUCGGAGGUCUCUGCUUGAUCCAGGGAAAUCUUGUUCAGAAAUUAUCAACAGCGACAGUGAAGAGGAAUCGGUUAUUAGAAAACCAGGGAGGCAAGGAAGAGCCAAUCCCCUGGCAUCUCCAGAACAAUCAAAAACCAGUGAGGUGGAGUCUCCUAUCCAAGCUCCCAAAAAGCGUGUACCUCGAUUAAACAUGUCGGAGGAGAGCGACGUGGAAGCUGCUUCAGACGAUGACUUUCAACACCAAUCGUUCAGUCGGCCCAAAGUGCAGCAGCCACAUAAACACUCGCGUCCUCUUCAGGCGAAAGUGAAGAAGGCAGUGCACAGGAGCGGGAGGCAGUUUCUGGAUGAAGAGGCCGAGCUGAGUGAAGAAGGAGGCUCUGUCUCUUCUGAUGAAUGUGAUGGAGAAGAACUGGAAAAGUCUUUGGAAGGUUUUGUAGUGGACAACACUCAGUUCUCCCAGGGCCUUAAUGAUUCUGAGAUGCAUGGAGUUUAUCUGAAAUCUGUAAAGAGUCCUGCCAUUUCCAGCAAAUUUCAAAUGGUGCACAGGCCCAGGCAUAAUCUAAACAUCUUCUCCCAGGUUCCUGAGCAGGAUGAGACGUACGAAGAGGACAGUUUUGUUGUCAACGGCAGUGAAGUCGAAGAAGACGCCAGUAGUGCUUCUGACGAGGAAGAGAUUGUUCCUGAAGACUCGUACGUAGACGGGAGGCGACAGUACGCUACGCGCCGGAGAGUUCAUCAAAAACAAAAUGCCGGAGCGGAGAGAAUCGUCCAAACCCGAAAGGCCAACAAGCGCUCGAGAAUCCUCCGAGUCGACGAUUCGAGUGAAGGGGAACAGGAGAAGGAUGAGAAGAAGAAAAAGACGAUCUCUGCUCAGAAGCUGCCCUUUUCAGACAGCGCACCCGGGAGGGUUUCGAACACCCCACCUCGGCCCCGCUUGCAUGAAUGUGACCCCGAACAAGCAGGAGAAGAAAAAAGCCCAAAGGAUGCUGCGCUGAAGAAACAGGAGACGGACAGACCACCGUUUGGUAACCAGGUCUGGGUUUCUGAAAAGCUGCAUUUCCUGGAGCCUAGUGCCACUUCUUUGACUCCAGCUAGUGUGUGUGUGUUAGUGGACAGUCGUUGCAUCAGUGCCGGUGCGAAUGUCGUGUCUGCUCUUCGACUGAAACAUGGCGCAGCCGUGCACAUCUGCUCUCUGGGCAGCUGCGAUUUCAUUGUCAGUAACCGCAUGGCUGUGGAGUGGCAGAGCGAGUCAGAGUUGGCCAGUGCCCAGAAUCGCAAGCGGCUGCAGGAGAGGAUGCAGAACCUGCAGGGCUUGUUUGAGCGAGUGUGCCUCCUGGUGGAGAAAGACCGCACUAAACCGGGAGAGCCGCUGCGGCAGUUCCAGCGCAGCCGUUAUUACGAUAGUACCGUGGCUGCACUGGUCAGAGCAGGCGUCCGUCUGCUGUUCAGUUCGGGUCCGGACGACACCGCCGCCCUGUUGGCCCAACUAGCACAGGUAGAGCAGAGGAAAGGCAAAGCCAUCGACGUCCCGGUGGAGGUGAAGGGUCGUCGCCAGCAGGCGCUGCAGUUUUACCUCACGCUGCCGUGUGUAAGCUACAUCAGCGCCCUGUACAUGUGUAACAGAUUCUACUCUGUGGCGCAUCUCAUUGACAGUUCUGUGGACACACUGCAGUCAGGUCUACAAGUGAGCCGCUCCAAAGCAGAGGAGAUUCACCGCUGUCUGCGCUACUCAUGUGACACCACACUGAUGAAAAGCAACACUUAGAAGAAUAACUUAUAAGCAGGACGUUUGUCCAUGCACUAGAAAUGCAAUAUAAUUGCACGCCAUGCACACUUAUUCAAUGCACUUUAGACAUUCUGAAAUAUAGUGUUUUCAUAAUCAACCCAUUUACCUCAUUUUUUUUAUAAAUAUGUUAACAUUAUUUAGUUUUCCCUA